AUGUCGAAUAUGGAAAUGGUCUAUUUGAUGCAAGUUUCCCUCUAUUUGCCCACACUAAAAGACAUCAUGACUUUUAUUACUAUCAACAAAAAAUGCCAAGUUGCUGUCACAUCACUUAAAGUUAAUCCUUGGUUCUCUAAAUCCGACGACAUUGAAAAGUUUUGCACUUUCUUUUCUCCUGACACAGUGAAUUGCAACUCAUUAAUCGUCUCUCAAAAAGUUCUCGAAACGGCGGUUUACAUUCGAAAUGUUCAAAUCUUUUCGACCGAUUUUAACAAACUCAAUGACCAAAAUAUUGCCGAGAAAAUCACUUCUUUGAUUAUUGUUGAACCCAAACCCGUUGACACAUUUCAACAAAACAAUGUUAACGUAGAGAACAAAUUUUAUGAAAUACUUUACAAAUGGAAAAUACCAAACAUCGAGAUGUCUUUAAAGUUGUUUAGUGAGUGUGUUACCUGUUUUGAACGUAACAACAAUGUGAAUAUGAACGACACUUAUUUUCCUAAAAAGGUGUUGUUGCACGUCGAUUCAAUGUGUAACGAUUUUUACACCGACAUGUCACCUCUUUACAGGAAUAUAAAUUCUGCUGCUAAAAAGUAUGACAGUCAAAUAAAUAUUGACUGGACUGACACAACCGAACCAGAAAAGGUGCGUUUAACUCCAAAUUGCCAAAAUUACACACAAGAAAUAACACCAAAAAUAUUUCAAUUUAUCAAACCAUUGUAUAGAAAAAGACUUCUUGUUAAAAUUGAUGGAUAUGACGAUGAUAAUUACUUUAAAACUGUUGUAGAUAUAUUUAACAAGUGUUAUUCAACAUUCGUUGAACUCAAAACGUUUGGUGAUAUCUCAAAAUUAAGUAUUCCAGAUUUUGUUAAAGACCUCAGUAUUUCUUGGUAUACAAAUGAAAGGCACAGUGUUUGGUUACCUUGUAAUAUGAAGAUUGAAAGUUUGUCGAUUUCUGAAAUUGAUUUGAUAUUUGCUGAUGUUGUUCCAACAGUCAAAACAAUCAAAGCAACAAACUCAACUUUUGUGUUGCAAAAAGUGACUCAAAAUGAUACAACAAGAGAUACAUAUAAAGAGUGGGAAAUGGACAACAACUUCCCUUUUCCUAAUGUCGAGGAAAUUGAGCUCCAAAAGUGCUUAAAUAUUAACUUUAAAACACCCGAACAUUUAACAACAUUAAAAGUGUGUGAGAAUUCUAAAAAUAUCGAAUUAUUUGUUGGACAAAAUUGCGAACAUUUAAAUAUCGAAAAUGUAACAAAAUCAUCUUUUUGCAUUGAUUGUAAUAAAUUAGACACUUUUAUAUUUAAACAGUGCCGAAACACAAUUUUCGAAUUUAUCAACGCAAAACCAAAUUCACUCAGUUUGGAAUUUAUUGAGUGUUUGACUCCAACGAUUACAGUUGAUAAAGACACAAUAAAAUUAUUUUCACUAAAGAAAUGCACUGGUGUGAAAAUGAUGAAUAACAUUGAAAUGAGCAAUGUUAUCAUUGAAAAUACAAAAUUUAAUAAUUCAACAAAAUUUACUGCAAAAAGUGUUAUUCUCAAUAACAUUACGGAGUUCCUUCCAAUUGACUUUACACACACAAAAUUUCUGAGAUUGUUUGGUCUCAGUCGUUUCUCGUUCAACACAAUUUUUGAGAAUUGCGAAAUUUUGGAAGUUUCAUUUUGUGAGCACUUAAAUUUCGUAUUUCAAAAAGAACAUUUAAAAAACAUCAAAAUUGAGUCUUCCCACAAUUUGGUGUUUUCUGGUGAAUUUCAUAAUGUGGAGUGUUGUGUACUUGUUGGCAGAUGUUCUGUCAAGUUCCCACAAAACACGAAACUGCCGAUUGAAAAUGUCGAAAUAAAAGAAGAAAGUGAUAGUAAUGAAGGUAUGACAAUAUCAAAAUUCAAGGAACUUGAAAUGGAAUACACAGAAGCUCAAAGAUAUUUGACACAUCAGUUCAAUGAACCAUACGGACCAAUUCUUGCCCAAUAUGACACUACUAAACUCAACAAGUUUAUAUCAUUUUUAACUCAAAAUGUGACACUUGUUGUUACAAAGCCAAUAUGUCACUUUCAGAACUACGUUUGCCAAAGCUUAAAAAUUAAAACGAAAAUAACAUUAUUGUCAUCUUUGAGCAUUUCAAAUUUUAUUGGGAAAAUGAUUGAUUUGUCAGGGGUGUUAAUUGGCAACUUACACGUUGAAAACUGUGAUGAUGUGGACUAUUCAAAUCGAAUGUUUAAAUACAAAGAACCAAUUUCAGCUGUUAAUGUCACUAUUAACAAAUACAACGGGAUUAGAUGGAUAUUCUCUUCGAUAACUAAACAUCUUGAAAUUACUAAUUCACUUGGGGAUGUAAAAUUCACAAAAGCAAAUUCACAAUUUGAAAGUGUUGUAUUUAGAAAUUGCAAUUUCAACCGCGGCGUAUUAUUUAACAAAGAUCUCGAUAUGAUACAAAAUUUGACAAUCGAAAACACAUAUUUGGAUUAUUUCUUUAGAAACAAUUGUGUUGGUGUGUUAAUGGAAAUCAAUAACGAUAAUAUAAGAAUGGGAAAUUCUAUGCUACUUGUCGCCAAAUCAGCAAAUUUUGAUCAUUGCAAAAACUUCAAAAUUAGAAUAUUAAAGCCCAACACUUUGAUUUCAAUUAAAAAUUGCUCCAAAUUUGAAAUAAACACAAAAAAUCCAAAUAACAUUGAUGUCACUAACUCUACUGAAAUAGAUACAUCGGAAAAGGAAAAAAUUCAACAUGAGGAGAGACAAAUAAAUUAUGUUAAUGGGUUUGGGCAAGUAACACCACAAAAUAAUCGUGGUUUUAACACAUUCAAUGGACAAAAACCGUUGGGUAUAUUUGGGGUUUAA